AUGUCCACACAUACACACUUGCUUCAUUUGCCAAAUGAAUUAAUCUAUCGUUGUUUCAAUUAUCUCUCAUUUGAUGAAAUUUUACAAAGUUUCGUCAAUCUCAACACUCGUUUCAGUUAUCUAAUUACAACUCACUGGAGAUCAAUACAAAUCGGUAUUGAUCUACGAAAAUCUCAAUUCGAACGUCUACUACAUAAUUUAAAUCCAAUACAAGUUCGUUCUCUUCAUUUAUUAUUCGAAGACGAUGAACGCCAUUAUUCAAAUCAAUUUUUAUCAUUAUUUCCGAUUGAGAAGUUCCAAAAUCUUCAUUUUUUAAAGUUAAACGAUACUUCACAACAAUCUUUCCAUUCUCUUCUUACUAAUCUUCAUCAAUUACAUCAAUUAUCCAAACUUAUUAUUCUCGAUAAUUCUUCUGAAGAUGAUGAAUUAAUAUUCACACAAAUAUUCUCAAAUCGAAUUCCAACAUUAAAAUCAGUUACACUCGAUUUUACUCUGCACUAUCAACCAACAACAACCUCCAACAACUAUAAUUAUUCAUUCUCUAAUAUACAAGUUUUAAAACUAACCGGUUAUUUAGAUAAUAUUCAUUGUUUCUUAGAAAGGACACCGAGAUUAACAAAAUUAAUCUUAACUCUAUAUGAAUUCUUUGAUAAUGACGGACAACAAACAAACAAAAAUAUGUUCUUAUGUAUUCCAUCAACAUUAACUUAUUUACAAAUAAAUUUUAGCGGUACUAGCAGUUUUUUUCAUAUGGAUAUUGUAACUGAAUUAUUCAAAUUGAACAGUUCUUCAUUACUUCAACUUCAACAUUUAGUUAUGAUUGGUGAAGUGCAUGACACAUUGCUUGAUGGAAAACGAUGGCAACAGAUAAUUGAACAUUAUUUACCAUCUUUGGAGUUGUUUCAGUUUUACUUUGAUGCGACAAAUGAUAAUAACUGGAACUAUAUAGAAUAUUAUACAGGGGAUUGGAUUAUAACUGAUUUUGAUAGUAUAAUGAACUCAUUUAAAACUGAUUUUUGGCUUCAUAAACAUCAAUGGUAUGUCUAUGGUGAAACAAAUGAUGAAACAACUAUCAUCAAUACUUUACCUCUCUGUACAUCGUCGUCCUUAUACUUACGAACAUCACUGCCGGUUAACACCGGUUACCGUGCACAAAUAACAAGUCCAAUCGUACCUUACACACAUCAAUACGAAAAUACGAUACAAGAAUUAACUCUAUGUAUUAAUGCAGAUGCUGAUUCUUCUCAAAAAUUUUACGAUUAUUACUUUUCUAAUAUAAUAAAACUAUGCCUUGAUACUGACUCAAAACUACAGAAUAUUGUCGAAUCAUUGUCGAAUGUAAUAAAUCUAAAUAAUGUACAACAAUUGGAAUUAACUCAUCCAAUACAAUCAAAUUCUAUGGGACUAUCAGAACUUCUUCCACAUCUUCCAAAUUUAACUACUUUAAAUGUGUACUAUGGAAUGACAAAUGAUUUUACUUUUCUCAAUACUAUUAAGAACAAAAGUUUAUUCGCACAUUUGGAAAUACGUGUUCUUACAAAAUUAGAUUUUUUAAAAAUCUUAGAAAUUUUACAAAUUAGUUCAUAUUCAUUAAUAUUAAAAAUUCGUGUAGACAACGAAGAAUUUGAAGAUCACAGUCGACAAGUUAUCGUAAACUGGUUAAAAGAGCAAACACAUUUGACAAGUAGUGAUGAAGUAUCGACAGUUAAUUUUAAUGUUCUAAAUAUGGAGAAACUCAAUGCAUGGAUAACAAUUGAAUGUGUGAAUAUAAGAGAUAAAUCUUCGGAUCGAAAGGGUGGGUGCGGGUGUGAAGCAAGAGAAAAAGGACACACACCUAAUAUCUACUAUGAGUCUCAUAUAUAA